AUGGGGCAAAGUUUUAUUUUGAACGAGAACGCUGGAGGAGACAUGCAGAACUGCCUGGAGGCAUGCGCAUGCUCGCUAGAUUGGGACAUCUCGAUUGGGAUAUGUUCGAUAGUUUUCUUUUCCAGAAGAGGCCGUUGUCAAGUCACCUACUUUGGGACGUGUGAAACUACUGUCAUCCGUAAAGGUAUCUGUAUUUCGCAGAUGUGUGAAAUUGGCUUGACUCGACUUGGCUCGGAAAUUCGGCUCGUAAAUUUUGUUGCGCUGCCAAUAUUCUGUGAUCUUGGACGUAUUCAACAUCUCAAGAUCCGAGGUCCUAGGUAUUCGAUAUCCACAAGCUGUUUCAUUGAACCCAUCUCUCAACUCCCAUUAAUCGAAUCGCUCGAGCUUGCGCACCUUUUGGCAGGUGAGGGGUCAGAGGUUGACAGCCUUCCUGCCUGUCUUUCAAAUCUCAAAAAUCUCAAGCAACUUGUGCUGAAGGACGUUGAUGCCUUGGACAGCUCUUGGAGCAGUCAUCAAGCACCUCCUCAAUUAGUCGAUGUUACCAUUCGCGAUUGCAUCGCACUCUGUUUAUCAGAUAUGCCUGGGUUUAUCUGUGCUUGGGCGCCUCAGCUUACUCAUCUAGAUAUCAAAUUUCAUGAACAGGCCAACAUCUUUCCAACAGAAGACGUUCCAGAGUUUCACCCAGCUCAAGUUCAUUUACCGGCUUUAACGCAUCUUUCCAUAUGGCCACAUGCCACUUGUCACUAUGUUCACCGCUUCCGCAAUUGCAAAAGUCUCUGUCAUCUCACGUUCUAUCACCUUCGAAGACACGAUUGCCUCGAUGAUAUCUCAGAUGAUAGUUCAAACCAACUAUCAGAACUUGCUGACUUCAUCACCAAUAAUGUGUUCCCUAAUCUCAAGAGCAUCACAUUGCAUAUAGAACCUGUAGAAAUUCCACUUGACCGGGCGAAGGCAACCACAAAUGAAGCAAACACGGACAAUCUUUGGGACACAUCUACAAAGACUCCUAUCUCAACUGCUACUUCUUGUGGUGAUCUGGCAGCAUAUUGUAGUGAUAUGUGUCAAAUCUCUUUCAGUAAUAUCUGGUACCAAUGUGGAGUUUUCACUGGGUGUGGACCUUCAGAUCAGUCUUGA